UCCAAUUCUAUUUUCCCUUCUUUCAAUUUUUUUUCAGUUUUUCCGUUUCGGGAUUUCAAUUUAUCCGUAUCCCGAGAAAUGGAAGUUCGCCGGCGAGUCAUGAACCCGGGCCGUUCGGUUCCCGCCGGCGAAUCGCUGAAACAGAAAAACCAUAAGAACCACGAUUCGCAGUCGCAGUCGCAGUCGCAGUCGCAGUCGUACCUAACAAACGGCGUCUUCUUCGGUCUCUUCUUCUCGGUGGCAUAUUUCCUCCUCCACCGAUGGCGCGAGAAGAUCCGCACCUCCACGCCGCUCCACGUCCUCACGCUCUCCGAACUCGCCGCCAUCGCUUCUCUCAUCGCCUCCGUCAUCUACCUCAUGGCCUUCUUCGGCAUUGGCUUCAUCCUCCACCCGUUCCUCAGCUCUCGCUCUUCCUCCGACGACGACCUCGACCUCCUCGACGACGACGACAUUGCCAAGCACGACGCUCGUCCCCCUGGCCCCUGCCCCGCCGCCCUCGCCGACAUCCCCGCCGUGGCGCCGAAGCCGCUCAAACUCGACACCGAGAAACAGAAACCGCCACCGACGCCUCUCUCCUCUGACGACGAGGAGGUGGUCCGUGCGGUGGUGUCGGGGUCGAUUCCGUCGUACUCAUUGGAAUCGAGGCUUGGAGAUUGCCUGAGAGCGGCUUCGAUUCGGCACGAAGCGGUGGAGAGAGUGACAGGGAGGUCGUUGGAGGGUUUACCAGUGGAAGGUUUCGAUUACGAAUCGAUAUUAGGACAGUGUUGUGAGAUGCCGAUAGGGUUCGUUCAGAUCCCGGUUGGGGUGGCUGGGCCCCUGCUUCUUGACGGGAAGGAGUACACGGUUCCUAUGGCCACCACGGAGGGUUGUUUGGUGGCUAGCACUAACAGAGGUUGCAAAGCCAUUCACGUUUCCGGUGGAGCUUCCUCCAUGCUCCUCCGUGACGGGAUGACCAGAGCCCCCGUGGUUAGGUUCAGCUCCGCCAAAAGAGCUUCUGAACUCAAGUUCUACUUGGAAGACCCUCUUAAUUUCGAUUCCCUUGCUGUCGUUUUCAACAAGUCAAGCAGAUUUGCGAGAUUACAGAGUAUUAAGGCGGGUAUAGCGGGGAAGAAUUUGUACAUUAGAUUCAGUUGCACCACAGGGGAUGCCAUGGGGAUGAACAUGGUAUCCAAGGGAGUUCAAAACGUGCUUUCUUUCCUUCAGAGUGAUUUUCCUGACAUGGAUGUUAUUGGGAUAUCUGGAAAUUUCUGUUCGGAUAAGAAAGCGGCGGCUGUGAACUGGAUUGAAGGGAGAGGGAAGUCAGUGGUGUGUGAGGCUGUGAUUAAGGAAGAGGUGGUGAAGAAGGUUUUGAAGACUAGCGUUGAGGCUUUGGUUGAGCUGAACAUGCUCAAAAACCUCACUGGCUCUGCUGUGGCUGGUGCUCUUGGUGGGUUUAACGCCCAUGCUAGUAACAUUGUUUCUGCUAUAUAUUUAGCCACUGGACAGGAUCCUGCUCAGAAUGUCGAGAGUUCCCACUGCAUAACUAUGAUGGAAGCGGUAAAUGAUGGCAAGGAUCUUCACAUCUCUGUCACUAUGCCUUCCGUUGAGGUGGGCACAGUUGGAGGGGGCACACAGCUAGCAUCGCAGUCAGCAUGCCUAAAUUUACUUGGUGUUAAGGGUGCGAGCAAGGAGUCCCCAGGUGCUAACUCAGGGCUAUUGGCAACCAUAGUAGCUGGUUCAGUCCUCGCCGGGGAACUCUCACUGAUGUCUGCAAUUGCAGCAGGGCAACUUGUUAAUAGCCACAUGAAAUACAACAGAUCAAGCAAGGAUGUCACCAAAAUUGUCUCUGGUGCGGUCCCAUGAUAACGCCACAAUAAAGUUGUAUCACUUCGCCAAUAGUACGUAAAAUUAAGAAAAGGAUGCACGUGUAUAAAUAGUUUCUAAAGGACAAUCAAUUGGUGAUGAUGGUGGGGAGAUUUCCUGCAAUUAGUCUUCGUUAAUAUCUCCUUCAUACAACGGAUUUAUCUUUCUCAUGUACAGCUCUCCAAUAAGACUUAGUUAUGUUCCUCUUUUUCCCUUUUUUAUUUCCAUAAAAUUAAUUUUAAUCAAUUGUGUCGUGUUUCAUUCCCUC